UAAAUCCUUACAACAGGAUUAUAUUGUUAGUUUGUUGUAGAAAUUAAAUCAAACAACCAAAAAAAAAAAAUAAACUUGAGAGUUGGGCUGGCAAGAUGAAGAAGCAGCAGCAGCAGGUUUGUAUGAUAAUGAUAAUAGGUGUGGUGGCGUGCAGCCUGGUAGGUGUGGCAUUAGCCGUGCCCCCGCCCCCGCUUAACUUCAACAAUGAUGUCCAAAUGUAUUUUGGGAAUCAUCUUGGGCAAGUGCAAGACAACGGCAACACGAUGGCCCUGAAUCUUGACCAACAAACUGGUUCUGGUUUCAAUACCAAAAAUGAGUACCUGUUCGGCAGAUUCGACAUGCAAAUGAAGUUAGUGAAAGGCUUCUCGGCUGGCACUGUCACCACCUUCUAUCUAACAUCACCUAUAGGACAAGCGCACGAUGAAGUGGACUUUGAAUUCUUAGGGAAUGCUACUUUUCAGCCUUACACAGUCCAUACCAAUGUAUUUGCUGAUGGGAAAGGUGACAGGGAGCAACAGUUCCAUCUCUGGUUCGACCCAACAGCCGCAUAUCACGAUUACACUAUUAUCUGGAACUCACAAAGAAUUGUUUGGUUGGUGGAUAACGUUCCGAUUAGAGUAUACGAGAAUCACGAAAAUGUUGGGGUUCCAUUCCCAAAGAGCAAGCCCAUGAAAGUAUUCUGCAGCUUGUGGGAAGCGUCUGAUUGGGCAACCCAGGGAGGAGAUGUGAAGGUAGAUUGGUCAAAAGCUCCCUUCACUGCCUACUACAAAAACUUUGUUAUCGACGGUUGUGUCGGAACUUCCUCCUGCGCCGAUAGUAAGCCAUGGGGAAAGUAUGCGCUUGAUGCCGAUGCCAAUAAUAAACUCCAAGGCGUACGAACAAAGAAUAGGGUCUACAAUUACUGCACUGAUAACAAGCGUUUCGGGGGCAACCCUCCUGCUGAAUGCAAACCCGCAGGCCCACAGCCUAAAUAAUUUAAGUUGCCGCCCGGCCACUCGCGUGCGUCGUUACAGAUCGAUCAAUAAUAAUGCAUGAGAUUCAAUUCAUUAUUAUUUCUCAUUUUGUAGAUAGGUUAUUAUUAUCUAGCUAAGCUAGAUUGUAUGUAAUCCACUCAUAUAUAUGUAAUGUAUAUAUGGAUUGCAAUUAAUAAACAUUAUUUAUUUCUUUCAUUUUUAA